AGCACAGCCUUUUCCGCUAGUUCCCCCCACUCUAGCCCACAGUCUCGCUGCCCUGAGCCUCCCGUGCCGGCCGGCCGGCCGGGAGGACAAGCGGGCACAAGGUGGGCGCGCAGGGGGCGGGGGGAGUUCCGGUUCCGGUUCUUUGUGCAGCUGCAGCGGCGGCUCCGGGGAAGAUGGCGGCCCGGGCGGGUUUCCAGUCUGUGGCUCCGAGCGGCGGCGCCGGAGCCUCAGGAGGGGCGGGCGCGGCAGCCGCCCUGGGGCCGGGCGGGACUCCGGGGCCCCCAGUGCGAAUGGGCCCGGCGCCGGGGCAAGGGCUGUACCGCUCCCCAAUGCCGGGAGCGGCCUAUCCGAGACCAGGUAUGCUGCCAGGCAGUCGAAUGACACCUCAGGGACCUUCCAUGGGACCCCCUGGUUAUGGGGGCAACCCUUCAGUCCGACCUGGCCUAACCCAGUCAGGGAUGGAUCAGUCCCGUAAGAGACCUGCACCUCAGCAGAUCCAGCAGGUGCAGCAACAGACAGUCCAAAAUCGAAACCACAAUGCAAAGAAAAAGAAGAUGGCUGACAAAAUUCUACCUCAGAGGAUUCGUGAAUUGGUACCGGAAUCUCAGGCCUAUAUGGAUCUCUUGGCUUUUGAAAGGAAGCUGGACCAGACUAUCAUGAGGAAACGGCUAGAUAUCCAGGAGGCCUUGAAACGUCCCAUCAAGCAAAAACGGAAACUGCGAAUUUUCAUUUCUAACACUUUCAAUCCGGCUAAGUCAGAUGCCGAGGAUGGGGAAGGGACGGUGGCUUCCUGGGAGCUUCGGGUAGAAGGACGGCUCCUGGAGGAUUCAGCCUUGUCCAAAUAUGAUGCCACCAAACAAAAAAGGAAGUUCUCUUCCUUUUUUAAGUCUUUGGUGAUUGAACUGGACAAAGACCUGUAUGGGCCAGACAACCAUCUGGUAGAAUGGCACAGGACCGCCACUACACAGGAGACUGAUGGCUUCCAGGUGAAGCGGCCGGGAGAUGUGAAUGUACGAUGUACCGUCCUGCUGAUGCUGGAUUACCAGCCUCCUCAGUUUAAAUUAGACCCUCGUCUGGCUCGGCUUUUGGGCAUCCAUACUCAGACUCGUCCAGUAAUUAUCCAAGCUCUGUGGCAGUAUAUUAAGACACAUAAGCUCCAAGACCCUCAUGAGCGGGAAUUUGUCAUCUGUGACAAGUACCUCCAGCAGAUCUUUGAGUCUCAACGUAUGAAGUUUUCUGAGAUCCCCCAGCGGCUCCAUGCUUUGCUUAUGCCACCAGAGCCCAUCAUCAUUAAUCAUGUCAUUAGUGUUGACCCUAAUGAUCAGAAAAAAACAGCUUGUUAUGACAUUGAUGUGGAAGUGGAUGAUACCUUGAAGACCCAGAUGAAUUCUUUCCUGCUCUCUACCGCCAGCCAGCAGGAGAUUGCUACUCUAGACAACAAGAUCCAUGAGACCAUAGAAACCAUCAAUCAGCUGAAGACCCAGCGGGAGUUCAUGCUGAGCUUUGCCAGAGACCCUCAAGGUUUCAUCAAUGACUGGCUCCAGUCCCAGUGCCGGGACCUUAAGACCAUGACCGAUGUUGUGGGUAACCCAGAGGAAGAACGCCGAGCUGAGUUUUACUUCCAACCUUGGGCUCAGGAGGCUGUGUGUCGAUACUUCUACUCCAAGGUGCAACAAAGACGACAAGAACUAGAGCAAGCCCUGGGAAUCCGAAAUACAUAGGGCCUCAUCCACAGCCCUGAUUUGGCUGCACCGAUUCUUUAUUUGGGCCCUGCCUCAUAGCACCUGCCUUGGUCCUGGUUGAGGCCUUCCAAGGGAUGCUGUUGGUUCAUGGACAACUCCAGAAUGAAGAGGAUCCCACAUUUCUGUCUUACAAGACAACUGUUAAUCCUCUUCUCCCAUCCCAUCCCUCCCUAUCCCUCAGCUUCCCUUUGCCCCACAGAGUUCCCAUGUGCCUCUACCCUUCCCUGGUCUCCGUAGGACCUCUAGAUAGUGUUAGAGAGAGAACCUUUAGUGGUAAUCAGUGCUCUGAUUGGAUUGGGCCUAAGGCCAAGUGGUCUUCAUGAGGACCAACUACACUGAUCCUGCCCUUCAAAGACCCAGGAGUUGGGAGCUUUGGUCCCUUCUCCAAGACUCAGGCCUAUAAGCUAGUUGAUCGUGGCUCUCCGGAUAACAGAAUCCAGUUUCCUUCCUUCCCUCCACAGGUUUGGAGCAAACUCUUCCUUCACGUAUUGCCCUUGAGCACUAAAGGAACCCUGAGUCUGGGCUCCCCUGAGCCUGUGGAUUAAUAUGCUACCUUAGUACUUCUCUUACUCCCUAGAGGGGGUCCACAUCAGUAUUGGAGUUUGUUCCUUAACUGUUGCUUCCACCCAGCAUAUUCCUGGAUCUGCCCUUUUUUAAGAUGCCCUCAUAACUACCCUAAUGGGAGAUGUUUGGGUGGAGGAAUUUUGCCUUUGCUUGUCAGAGCCCUUAGGGAAUGUCAUUGCCUAUAGAGGCUGUUCCUGCAUUAUUGCUUGGAGGUGUGGUACGUUCAUUCAUUCCACCCUGCCCUCCCCUCCCCCUGCAAUCCCUUAAAGGAGAAACAGGCCUAAAACCAAACGGGUAAAAGCCCUGGGCCAUCCCUGUCUUCCUGUCCCUUUUCUGCCCUGCUGACACCACACACUGGUGUCUUUUAGGGCACCGAGGAGUGAAAGCGCCUAGGGCUGGAAAAUAGUUCUGAGUUGGGUUUGUGACUCUUCCCUGUCCCUGCCUCACAGGGUUGUGACUCCCUAAUCCCUGCCCUUAAAGCUUCAGACCCCUCAGGUAGCAGCAGGACCUCGUGAUCUUGGCCCCUUCAAGCUGAGAUGGUUUUGCAUCUUUCCAGGAGAGCCACAGAUUCUUCCAGGUUGUAUCACCCCCAAGUUAACAUAUUCCCAGGCUCGCAGACUCAACACAGCAGGGUGGGAGACAGCUGGGCACAGAGGGGGAAUUCCGUUCAGCGUGGACUGUAAACCCACAGAACUGACAGCCCCUGCUUCCCCACCCCCUCCUCAGGCUCCUGCGAGCACAUCCCCUAGUCCCUUAUUCCUGCCUGUUCCAAACUGGGGACAGAAUUUUUUCCCUCAUGCCAUUAUCCUACCCCACCCUUGAAAGGUUCUCCCCACAGUGGCACUGGACAAGCUGUCUUUGGGACAGCUGAGCCCUGGCCCAGCUCCUGGCUGGAACCAUGAGAAGGAAGCUCAGCAUCCCUACAGUGUCCCUGCUGAAGAUAACUGUUUUUAUUAACUGAUUAUGUUUUUUUCAUGGACCAAAUUUUUUUUUUUGUACUGUCCCCUUACUGAUGUCACCCAGUUUUAAUAAAGAAUCUUC